CAGUUAUCGCAUGGCUAUCGAUAACUGCCGAGCGCAACCCUGUCACGCCAGCGAUGAAUGGAAAAGAAUAUGGCGACCUGACUCUGGAAAAAAAUUAAAAUUUGUCCGGCAAAAGUACUGUGCAAUACAAGGAAAUUUGCGCCCUGAAGCCAGAGCAAGCGAAACCACGGGGAGGCUAACGAUAAGGAUACGGAAACGGAGAGCACGGCCACUAGCCAAGGACACAGCAAGAUGGGUGAAGUCAAGUCCGUGAAGGUGGACAACUGGGGAGUCUUCUUCCUGCAAAAGCUGCAGAACUUCUUUAACAAAACGGAUUACUGCGACCUAACGCUCCAGUUCCGGGACAAUUCACAGCUAAAGGUACAUCGCCUUGUGCUCAGCGCCUGCACCGACUAUUUCAAUGUGCUGGAGCAAACCUGUGAGAUCGUCGACGAUGCCCUCAUCAUGCCCAACGAGUUCCAGGCGGACGUGGUGGUGCCCAUUGUCAACUUCAUGUACACAGGCACCCUGGAGUUCGAGCUUAAAAUGUACGGCAAGCUGUUGCGCACCGCCAAGGAAAUGAACAUGACGGUGCUGCUCAAGCUGCUAGAAGCGCACCGUCGCACCAUGGAGAACGUUAAUCGCCAGCAAAGGCCGCCUAGUCCGAAGGGAAUCCGCCGGCGCACAGUUGGACAGCCGAGUUCGGGUCUUCCACAGCAGCGUGUCUUGGGUCCUUCGCCGCAAUCGCGAAAUGUCGCCACACCCAUCGCGCAACGGGCCAACACACAGCGCGGGCCCACUGGCAACACAAUGAUCCGAACAUCUGGUGGCACAAAUCGCACACAGUAUGCAGAGAGCAGCAAUGUCAAGCAGGAGCCAACGUCACCAUUCGAGCAGCUGCGAAAGGGUUAUAACAACAACAAGAGACCAGCACAAACAAGCCUUUUAUCGCCGCCAUCCAAGAAGCCCAGCUUGGAAGAGGUUAAGGAAUUUGCUGAGCAACAACGGAUGCGCAAGCAAAUUGCUGCGGAGUACGGGGAUCACGAUCCUGAGUAUGAUGGAGGAAUGCUUUAUGAUGAUGUCCAUGCCGGGGACGAUGAUGACGAUGAUAUGCCACCACAGCCAUCUACAUCUAAGCAGCAAUCCCCACAGGGUACACAGACCCAGCUGGAGCACGGAUCCACCACCAUUAUCUUGAAGCAGGACUCUCCCAGCCAGACCCCCACAAUAAUUGUCAAGGAUUCCUCCAACGCCAAGCUUAAUCAUACAAAGAUCAUUGCCGAAGUCUUGCGCCAGUAUCCACACAUUGUGAAGGGCCACAAAAACAUCAAGCUAAAGAUAAUGCCCAAUACCCCGCCCGCGCCGACAGAAAAAUCUGCUCCAGCGGCAGUAAAACCCCCGGCGAAUCAGUCCUCCGCUUCUACAUCGCCACACAAGAAAUUGCACGUGUCUUUCAAAGCCGACAAGAGUACGCCGCUAAUCACAGCGCAGCAGAAGGCGGCUAGCUCUCAACAAAAGUCCGGAACCACUCAGUCAACUGCUACCCAGGCAACUGUGGCAAAUCCACCAGCAAAUACAGCCGCAGCCCAGAAGAGACGCAUUGACAGUAAGACAAUGCACGCCUUGAUUGCUCAGGGAGCAGAGAAUACUACUGGUCCCUGGCUGUGCCUGAGGUGCGGCGUUAACGGAAGACCCAUUAGCAUUCCGUCGUACCGAGGCUUCCGACGCCAUUUGAUCAACACGCACAAAGAGACAAUUGACCCGGCGCUAUGUGAGCAUUGCGGCUGGAGGUCUGUCAACAACCGGGAACUGCAUUUCCACAUGUAUAUGGAGCACCAGAUCAAGUCGCUGCUGUACACUUUUGCCGAAUGCGCGCUAUGUAACCAGUCGUACCUGACCAAGGGUGAGUUGGAGGCGCACAUAAACGAGGCGCACACGGACGACAACAAGCAGCAGUGCAUCUACUGUAACAAGGUGUUCGAGCAAGAGCUUCAGCUGUACAGACACAUGAAGAGCUACCACAAGGAGCAGGCCCUGGAGGAUGGCAUUAUCGAUGAAACGGACGAGGAGUUCCUCGGCUCGCAAGACGAGGAGGAAGAGGCCGAAGGAGACGAGGAGCAGGAACCAGAGCAGACUGGCAAAGUGCGAAUUCUUUCUGACAUAAGUCUACCAGCCACCAGUGCCAUCACAGUGCAGCAAGCUCACCAGGAGCAACUGCAAGAGGAAGAGGUUGACCAGGUGCAGCAGGAAGUUAAAUUUGUGGGCGCCGAUGGAAAUGAGGUGGAGCUUACUGAUGAGCAGCGCAAAGAGAUUCUCUCACAGCUUAACCAGCAGCAAGCAGGUGCCGCUGCCGGUGGGGUGGUAAUGGUGCUCAGUGAGCCAGAAGCGGAGCCCGUCAAGCAGGAGCCCGAUGAAAAAUCCCUGGCCGGCACCGAAGAGGAGUAUGAUGAUAGCCAAAUCUAUAGCGAACUGGCUGCUGCUGACUCUGUGGAGAGCGCGAAAAAGAACAUUGCUGAUGAGAGCAAAGAGUCCGUUGACAAUCUGGAAUGGGCCGAAAACCUUAUAGCCGAGUCUGAAGAACAGAGCAACAAGGAGCCCAAAUUGGAUAAGUCGCGCGAUGACAUCAGUGAAAAGCUUAAGGAGCUUACCGGCGACUGGACGGAGGAUGAGAACGACGACGAUGUCGACGAUAAGCCCGCUACCGCAGAGCUUGCAUCCGAACUAGCCGCCAAGGACCCUGAGCCCACAGUACAUGAGGAAGAAGAUGAUAUUGACUUGGCUCUCGAGUCUCUGCACAAGGGACCUGAAGAGCAAGCUGUAGAAAAGGCUAGUGAGGAAUCUGUCGCCAGUGCGGAUGAUGCAGUUGACUCUGACGCCAAUAUAAAUAGUCAGCCCAAGAAAAUGGAUGUAGACUCUGAAGUGGCGAACGAGAAGGCAUCGAAGUCAGAGGUCAAGAUCAAAAAAGAGGACGAGCUUGAAAACGACGAGGAGGAAUUUAUCAAAGAAGAUCCACCAAUGCCGCAUUCCGAUCCCGUGACGGAGUUAAGCGAGGCGGUAGCUGACGCUGAGGGCGAAGAUGAUGUGCAUCUGGAGACCGAUAACAUUCGCAAAGAGCUGCUAGAUGAAUUGAUUGCCGAGGCCGAGAAACCUGAUGAGGAAAAGGACCCUGUCCAACCUGAAGAGAGUGCGACGACAGAGGCGUUAGAUAGGGCAGUAACGGACGAGGAUGACCUGGUGCCACCUACGCAGCUAUCCACCGACCCAAUGGAGAUAGAUGAUCCAGCAACGGAAACUGUAGCCGAAAAUAAUGAAGAUACCAGAACAACAGACGAAAAAGAUGCCGCCGAGGACAAACCAAACGAGAAAGAAGAUGUAGCAACAACAGAAAAGGCGACUCUAGAAAGUGCAAAAGCAGGUGAUGAAGCGGCGUCAGGAGAGGCUGCCAGCGUCGACAAGGUCAAGAGUCUCAUCAGCGAAUGGGGAGACGACGAUGAGGACGAGGAUGAGAAUGGGGUUAGUGCGGCGGCGAAGGAGGAGCUAUAAUUACUAGAUUUAUUUAUGUUCUAAGUUUGGCGAUUCAACGCAGGUCAGCAGAUAAAAGCAUCUGAGCUGGGCGAGAAUUUUUGGUUUCUAUUGUAAAUUAAAUUGUUAAUGAAGAUCAAGGUGAAUGAUAAGAUACGCAUAUGCACUGGUUUAAGUGUAUAAGAUCUAAUCUACUCAUCUCACGUAAUUGUAAAUCCCCCCCAUCCUAAAUAUGUUUCGCUGCUAGCAAGGAAAUCGUAAAUCUAAGAGGAGUUCCCUUAAAUGCCCUUAAAUGAGAGAUCAGAGACCAAACAACCCAACAUUUAGCUAUGUCUGUUUCUUUACACAUACACCACCAAUAGAGCAACCAACCAACAUUUCGCGACUAGGUAAACACUAUAUAUAUACACAUAUGCCUAUUUACAUACAUAUAGAGAUGUAGUUACAUAGAUGUUGUUUUAAUUCGUUUAAAACAGUGACAGGAUGUUCCCAGAAACUAAUAAAUCAUUGACGUUUUAUGAUUGGCUAAGUAAUAUUAAUCAAAAAGUGAAAAGGGUACCCUUUUUUUUGAUUACCAACUUAAUUGUAAGGUUUAUUACAUAUAAUAAAAGUAUAAAAAAUAA